GCGCUUUCGUCUUCUGCUUAGCCGCUGCUAGCGUCCUGGCUAAAUGUCCAGACCUGCUGAGCUGGUCGGCGCUUUUAAACGUGAUUUUUGACAGUUAUGCUUCUUUUUUACAACCCAGUAUGAGACCCCCGAGGGACGACGGCGCUGUUUGAGUCUCAAAUGGUGGUUUCGAGAUUAGUGGUUGUCUUCACUUCUUUUUGGCGUGGAGCUCGCCUCUGCCUGGAGGAACUACAACUAGCUAACUAGUUGAAAGCGCAUCUGUUUGGGAUCCAGCACCAGCCGUAGCGUCAGCGGGAUGGAUCCUCUGGGGGCCCGCUCCCAGUUCAUAGACAUUCAGACUCUGCCCACAUGGCAGCAGCAGCUGGAUGAGGAUGGUGAAGGGCCACCACAGGAUCUGAACGACAGCCUGUUCAAUGAGCAGACCUUUCCGUCGCCCUUCCCUUUCAGACCGGACAUCAACCGCAAGAUCAUCCUGCACACCGGGGAUGUGGCGCUGCUCAACUGCACCGCCAUCGUCAACACCAGCAAUGAGUCACUCAACGACAAGAACCCAGUGUCUGACAGCAUCCAUCGACUGGCAGGACCUGAGCUGCGAGAAGAGCUGCUCAAACUCAAAGGAUGCCGAACGGGAGAGGCCAAGCUGACCAAAGGCUACGACCUGGCAGCAAGGUUCAUCAUCCACACAGUGGGGCCAAAGUACAAAACCAAGUACAGAACAGCAGCUGAGAGCUCACUGUACAGCUGCUACCGGAACAUCAUGCAGCUGGCAGCAGAACGGUCGAUGGCGUCUGUCGGCUUCUGUGUGGUGAGCACGACCAAACGAGGUUACCCACUGGAAGACGCCACACACAUUGCUUUCAGAACAGUACGAAGGUUCCUGGAGCGUCAUGGAAACAGUAUUGAGACAGUGGUGUUUGCGGUGUCAAACACUGAGGAGCUGGUGUACAAGAAGCUGCUGCCUCUUUACUACCCUCGCUCCGAGGACGAGGAGAAGGCCAGCCUGCCCCUCAUUCCUGCUGACAUUGGCAACUCUGAGGGUGAACCCGUGGUCCCAGAGAGACAGAUCCGCAUCGCCGAGAAACCAGGAAGCCUGGAAGAUGAUUCUGAAGAGGACAAUCUGGAAUCGGAUCUGGAUCAGGUGGGGAAUCACGCCUUCGCUAGGAUGGAGGGAGAUGUAGACAAACAGCGGAAACUGAUUCUACAAGGCCAAAUGUCCGAGGCAGCCAUUCAGAAACAGCACCAGAGGAACUACAAUCGCUGGCUGUGUCGAGCCAGAGGAGAGGAUCUGUCGGACAUCGCUGCACUGAAAGCUCUUUAUCAAACAGGAGUGGACAUGUGUGGCAGGACAGUGAUGGUCGUUGUUGGGCGAAACAUCCCAGUGACACUCAUUGACAUUGAAAAGGCUCUGCUCUACUUCAUCCACGUGAUGGACCACAUCACGGCGAAGGAGUAUGUGAUGGUUUACUUCCACACGCUGACCGGGGAACACAACCACCUGGACUCCAACUUCCUCAAGAACCUCUACGACAUCGUCGACACCAAGUUUAAAAGGAAUCUGAGGGCGUUCUACUUCGUACACCCAACGUUUCGCUCUAAGGCGUCGACGUGGUUCUUCACCACCUUCAGUGUCUCAGGGAUAAAGGACAAGGUGCGUUACCUGGAUAACCUGCAGCAGCUGUUCACCUGCAUCAAACCCGAGCAGAUCGACAUCCCUCCCUUUGUGCUGGAGUACGACGCGAGGCUCCAUUGGUUCCAGAUGAGCAGCAACCUUUGGCUCAUCUUUUGUUUUGGGCUCUGUGAUGGAUUUGCUCCAUGAAAUUCCUCUGAUGUCACUUUCUUCCGCGGUGACAGGUGAACGCAUGAAUCACGAUGUGGAGGCUGUUCAGAAACAUUGAAGUCUAGUGUUGAGACCAUAGAUCAUGGAAAAGCUGGAGAUGCUGCUGAGUCCCUCUAAUCCUAGUAAUCGCCAGGAACUUGUUGCUGCAGGACUGUCAGCAUGUGAUGACAUUGGGCACUGAGGUUAUUGUUAUAACCAACAGACGCAUUCACAUCAAUGCCAGAGGUUUGAUAUUAGCUCAGGUCUGUCAGACUGAAUUACAGAAGGUGGAGUCCAUGUUUUGUUGUCUUACAUGUAAGUGCCUGAAGUGCACCCACAGCCUUGGACACACUGUGUGUAAUGAGUCUGAAACCACAGGGUGAUCACGACUUAUACUAAUACUGUGCUUUGGAGCUUUGCAGUGAAUUUACAGUGUCACAGUGAAUUCACUGUUUCAGUUCAGGCACUGAUCGCAGCUUCGAUUUCAGCGAGUAGCGGAAUAACAUGAAAUGACUCCUGGAUUUAGUGAGAAAGCCCAAAGAACACUCUCCACAUCUUCCUUUGAUGGUCGGUUGGUUGUUGUGUAACUGGUACAAACUAUCGCAUUUAUCUAUUUUGAUGAAUUGCAGAUUUUAGGUUUGUUUGUUUAGUUUGUUUGCCAAGAAAAUGAAAUAGGAAAUUGUUUGAAUAUUGCAUCAUUUGCUCUCAUAUGGGACCAAUGGCCCAUGUACAUGGUAAUUCAAGCCAGAACACAGAGUUUGCUGUCAAAUUACUGUCAGUGGAGUUCCUACAGCCUCUUAGGACAUCGUCUGCUUCAUCCCUGCUAAUUUUUUAAUUGCAAACAUCGGUCAAACACACGGCACAGACUUAAAGGAGAGGUCUAUAUGUUUAUUAAGGGUUAUGAAGGUCCUUUUCAUUCGGGGCCUUAAUUUCCUAAACCCUUGAUGGAAGUGAUGUGGACCAGUUCUUUGUGUAUGUCAUCAAGUUAAUUAACGGCAUCCCCUUCAGGUGAAUGGACCCUACAAACGCUCCCAGUCGUCUGGUUUGUGACAGGAAAGCAACCGGGCGUCUGCUGGACGACGAGGCGCUGAUGUUCUGCUGGUGGAAGCCAUUCAUGGACAUGGUGUUGCCGCGUGGUCUGAACUCCUUUUAAGGCUUCCAGACGCUUUUGUUCCGUCACUGCCAAAGAAGGACAGCGUUGAGCAGCUUGUGGUCCGGUGAGCGGUCAUCUUCACUCCCCACAGACUAUUUGUGGAUGUGCUUUGGUUUUUGGAUUACGCCUUACAGUGGGAGUUCUUACUCAGCAGUUUCCCCUGACAUCCCUAAAUAUGAAGCGUCGCAUUGAGCCCCUCUCAUUGUGUGGUCACAUCAGACGUCCUCGCCUACGUCUCAGCAUCGGCCCUCGCGUCCAGCGCUGGAAGCUUCCGUCUGGAAAACCACCGCUCAUCCCCACUCUGCUGCGCUGGAGGAGGUGAGGGCUGAAGCUGAGCCGUCGCCCUCUCAUGCUGGAAAUUCCCACCUGGUACGUUGCAAUAACAGCUAAUGUGUUCUUCGAUUGAUCCAUGUGCUUCAUUUGAUGUCAUGCAAAAUUCCAGAUAACAACAAGGUUAACAAUUUGUCAUGCGUCAAACAGUAGUCAUGUGCUGAUGUUCUGUAUUUUCUCCCUGUUCCCCUUUGGAUGGUUCCUUUUUAAAUGAAAGUGAAUUCAUUUCAGUUCAUAAUGAGUGAGUAAUAAAGUGAAACCUAUAUUUGCCCCUUACAGACAGUUGAUGGUGACGUUUCAUGUACUGGCACCAACAACCUAAUGUUUGCGCAUAUGACAGAUUCUGAACUUUUUAAUGCUAGUGGUUAAAAUGUGCUUUUUAUAGCAUUUAUUCCUUGCGUUCACUGUCAGCAGCCACAUAUGGACCAACACUAAAAGUCUAGUUGGUGUUUAAUACUAGUGGAGCUCGUUACAGUGCUGCUGCCUAACAAACAUCCCUGAGUCAAACUUGGCUUUGGUUACUUGCUGAUUUAACUCAUUUAGUCCUAAAGGGUGGACAUGAAGCAAUACAAUCACCGUCAUACAGUUGAAUCCUAACCGUUUCCUACCUGCUAAAGUUGGUCGCUGAACCUGUUCAGUAGAUAAAUUCCUGUUGAGCUACUUCUGCCACAGAUCAGUCGUCUGAGCCAAACAUUCAGCUGUUUCUCAAAUCUGACACUUUUCUAUUUUAACCAGUGACAUUUUAUUGGUUUGUGUUUUUGGACCUUUGGUACCAAGUCCAGACGUCAGUGAGUUUUUUUUUUCUUUUUCCAGUAUUUAAUGUAAUUUUGUAAAUGAAAUAAAGUGAUUAGUUUGCUAAUAAAACCUGAAGGCUUCCUGUCAGCUCUGAACCUGCUGCACUGACUCCAUCAGUCUCUAUUGGGUUGAACAUCCUGUAUAGUACAUUAUUCUAUAUUCUGUAUGUUUAGAUGAGCGUGAGCCACGGAAGACGUGGCCUUUCCUCAUCAGGGUAAUUUUAAAUGAAACGUAUUUAAUGAAACUUUAUUUCGAUGUAUAUGAGAGGAUUGUUUCUAGUUUCCUUCUUGGACCCAAAGAGGCAGAACCGUCAUGAUCUGUACUGAUUAUAUGAUUUUUACUUCUUCUCUCUUUAUUAAGAACAUCUUUAGAUUAGCUCUUCAUACUAAAGCUCAUGCUGCAACUUCCUCACUCUCAGAUACUCAUUUAAUUCAGUACGAACCAUGUGACACUAAUAACAGGCUGCAGUUGGAACCUUGAGGCGUCUUCACCUUUAGCUCAGCUGCUGUUGGGUUUCAUGGGUUCAUCCAGUCAAGGGAUGUGUUUUCAGUUGUUCUUUUUGUUUUUUUUAAACCAGCCAAUCAGUUUGUUGAUCAAAUACAGAGUUUGCAUUCCCAAAGUGUUUCAAAUCCUAUUUUUCAAACGAUAUAUGUAACAAUGAAAAAAUCAAAAGUUGAGUGAUUUCAUAGUUUAACUGGGAGCCAGUGAAUCCUCUCCACUAACAAAACAACCCAAAUAUAACUGUCCCUUCAGUCGUCCGUACUAUCAACAAUUACUGAACUUUAGUAUCAGAUCAGUAAAGUCAUAAAUGUAAACUGUGAUCAUGUCUGAAUGUAAAUAAAUGAGCCACAUGUACAUUUUUUUAAAAUUAUGUGAGUAUUAAAUGGGAAUUGAAAUGUU